CCCCCUCUUAACUCAUUCCCUCAUCUCCUUGCUCUACUUCGUCGCGGUGCCACCGCCACCUCCAGCGCUAUAGCUGCUUCCGUGCCCCAACUUCUCUGCUUCUUCUGAGAGACAUGGUGAAGGAGCGGGUGAUCACGGUGGAGUACUUGGAGCCGUCCAUGUCGCUCGAGCUCCUCGGCAAGUUCCCAGACAACGCUGCCUUGGGCUUCGACUACUCCCAGAGUGGCAUUUGGUCUCCCCUGCUCCCCCGCGGACGCCAUGCCCCUGCUUCCCUCCUCCGCAGCCAGGUCCGCAAGAAACUCUUAUACGGAUCUCCGAUGACCAUCCGGAAAGUGAAGGCAAAGUUUUCUAACAAGAAGAAGAAGCAGAGUGCUAACGGGAAGAACCUGGACUUCACUCAGAUUCCUUCCCCUAAACUUGUAUGCCCAUUCUGGAAUUCAGUUUGCUGGAAGAGAGUGCUGAGAGCAGCAGCCAAACGUUUCAAAAUUCCUGGGAAAUCGCCAUUGCAGAUGGUGCCGCCUACCUCAUGAAGGAUUUGAGAAAUUUUCAGUACGAUCAUACACGUCACACAUGAAGAACAAUGAUGAUGUGCCCAAACUGCAAUUUGUCUAAUUUAGGUGUGAAGGAGAGAAAAGGUUGAUCGAUGAUGAUGCUUUUAGGUUCAAUAUAAAGGAAUCAAAUGCUUUGUGUUUUAGAAAAUGGAAGGAAGAAUAAAGUGUGGUGCUACCUGUCGCAAAAGCCGCUUUAGUUUGGAUGAAUUCUAAUCACAUUUAACUGGAUUUUAGCGUGCUGAUGGAUGAUUAUUUAAAACUGUCCCAAGUCAACGACGUCAACCAUAAGAAAGAUUGUCCAUUUUAGUGGAUUAUGUUCUUGCUUUUCUACUUUUUCUUUAUUGGGUGCCAUUAGCACUGUUAGCCAACUGUUCGUCUGCAGUGGAAGGAUUAUUAUUUCAACUCAAACUGUAGAUUAUUAUUUGUUUGCUGAUUAUUUCAAAGUUUCAUCAGCAAUCUCUAUUUAUUCUCUAAAUAUGCAUUUGAUAUAUUUGUAGGUUCGGAAAAAAUUUAUACUACCAAAAUUCAAAAUGACAAUAAUGAUAUU